CAUUUCCCGUUGCGUGUUCGCUCUGGCGAAGCGGAGCACCUGAGUCAACGUCAACGCCGCGUCCAUCCGGAGGACUUGAGUCAGGGGUUGCGUUAGAUUUAAUUUUGCGUUACGGGUUGUUAACCACGACUGUAAACUGCGCGGUAGUCGUCGUUUUUUUGUGUGUUUUCCCCCCCUUUUAGCGGUCGAGCUCGCCGGGAGCGCGGACGUAAGGUGGAAGAAAUGUCAAGACCAAGGUCGCGAUCACCAUAUUACAGAGUGAGCCCUCGGUGGAAUGAUGGUACAGGAGAAGGUUCCCGGAGGUUCCCAUGGGAGGAUCCGGACGUUGAACCCCAGCAGGUUCUGGCACACCUGGACAGGAAGACCUAUGACAGGAGCUACCACCCCAGCAAGGGUUCUGAGGAACAAUGGUACCACUUCGAGGAGGAUAGUCCCUCAGGGGAUCAGAGAAGAUCCCCUACCUUUCGCACUGGGCACCAAGAUCGCCUAACUCCGGAAGAACAUUACCGCUGGACUCCACCAACCCAUUUGGACCAGGUGGGCUGCGCUGAGCAUAAGAGGUUCUCCCCUGAGCUGGCUCUCCACAGGCAUGAUGGCAGAGGAGACGGAGACCGAGAUGGAGGCGGGAUCAGGAAUCACUCUAAGGGUUUAAAAAAGAGCAACAGACCACCAUCUUUGGCUUCAUCACACUCAGGCCACCAACAGAGGGAGCCCUUGUCAGGUCGGAGGAGAGAAAGCUCUUCUAGAGAUUGGGGGAGGCCCAGAGACCACAGUCCAGGUGGAAGGUCUGGCAGCCAGGGGAAGGGAGAUGGUAGGAGCUGGGGAAGAAGAGAUGCAGGGGGUCCAUACAGAGAGAGAGCGAGGGACGAACCACGUCAGACAGGGAGCCCCAACUCAAAAAGGCAGAAGAGAGAGAUGGAUGACACCAUGCACCAUGGGUACGGGAAAGUGGAGGUGUUUAGGGAGCACCAUUUCUUACCAGAGAGACCCAUCGAUGAUGCAUUUGGAGGAGGCCCCGAGGGGCAUAGGGGCACCCUAGGAGACUUCUCCCACAGGGAGGGUCAGAGCUCUGGACUGCUUAUUGUUGAACAUGAUCAUGGCAUCGUAAACAACAGAGAGCCACCGCGGUGGGAGCCAUUCAACAUUCAGGACCAGGGUUUUGAUCCUGAAAGCCACACCCGCCAAAUGGAUUCCUCACAGGAGCGGUUAAGGAAGUCAAACUACAGGACUGAAACCAGAGAGGACACAAGGGCUCACUCCACUCAGGAUGUCAGGAGAGGCUCUCGUUAUGAAGCCAAGAGGAACCCAAUGCGGCAGGUCAGGCCCAGUCCUACGAGCUCAGCCAAUCCUGAUGAUCCGAUGAACCAUAGGGGUAGGAGAAGCCCUGCUUCAGCUCGAGUAAGGACAAGUCCUGGCCCCUCUAACAGCACAAUGAUGGCACCCUCUGGAGGCCCCCCUCAUAUUCAGCAGUGGCCCCAGGAACACCAAGGUCAUCAUCAAGAACACCAGAGCCAAGGCUACCGAUCCAGGAGGGAGGACCGAUACAUGGACCAUAGAAAGGAAGGCCCCAACUGGGUUGAAGAAACCGCACCUCAGUCUUGGAAACCAGAUAGGCCUAGAGAUACAGAGCGACAUCUACCCAAAGAUGACCUGGACCCAAAAAUGCCACGUCAUAGAGAACGUAUCUGGAGCAGUCAACAGAACAGCAAUGAGAUGAUUGUGGUAGCUGAGGAGACGCUCACCAUUAAAGUGGAUAUGAGUCGACCGGUUAACAAGAACAGCUCGCUGUGUUACUCCAAAGACAGACAGCUGUCUCUGGACCUGGUCAAUGUGGGCCGUCAGCGUCUGGAUUUCUUGCCCAUGUUGGAGCACUCUGGGACCUACCGGGAGAGUACCAUGCACACUGGGACCUUCGCCCAGGAAAUCAUCACACUGGUGCACCAGGUCAAAGAUCAGUACUUCAGAGGGGACAGAAUUACACUGAACCAGCGUUUCUCAGCUCACCAAGAGGGAGGUGUUCCCGAGGACGAAGAGGAGGUAGAGGAUGACGAGGAUAAGCAUACAUUGAACAGACGUUUUAGUGCGAGUAUGAACAACCUGCCUGAUCCUGAGUCCAUAUUUGCCCGAGCAACACCCUUGCAGUCUAUGAGGCAGCAGGUGGCUCGAGACCCGGGGGACCUGAGGCACGACCUUGAACGGAGGCGGCAAAUGAGACUGGAGGGGGUGAAAGUCACAAUAUCUGGUGGAGGUCUGUUACAGCUCCCCUUGGGCUCCAGAAGUGAGCAGAGCGCUGGACACCUUGACCACAAUGAGAAUGAUCAUGAGGAUGAGGGCUAUUCUGUCAUGUCUGAGGGACAGGAGCAUGGCAGGACCUGGGGUGGAAACAUGGGACCAAGGAGAGGCGCUACCGUCAGGCAGAAUACGGGCCCCCAACAUAGGAACAGUCGCCUUGGCAACCGCCUUGGGCCAGUGAGACGGCAGAACAGCCGCAGAAACAAUACCGGUCCCGACUGGUGAUUGGACUACUGUGGGGGGAAAGGUGUUUGAUCAAAAAUGAGUUUUCCCCUUAAGAUGCUACUGAUUGGCCGAGGUGACCGUUCAAACCGUUUUUUAAAAAUCCAACUAACCGGGCAGCAGUUUGUCCCCUGUUUGAGGCGAGCUGAGCCCUGUCUUCAGUGACAUAAAGCAACAGUCCAAUACUGACUAAAAAUAUUGCGGGAUGAGGAUUGUCUGCCCCUGCUGGAGGACUCCCGAGUGGAGGGAAGGAGAGGCGAAGUAUCAGUAAACUCCCUGUGAUGUUGCAGUUGGGGCAGUAUGACCUUACGUCAGAUUUUACAGCCUUGUGCGUUCUUUCACUUUUUACUCCGUGUGUGCGUAGAUGCCUGUAUGCACUUGUCUUUUACUCCUCUCAUGUAGGUCCCAGCCAAGGACUGUAUAAGUUGAAGUGCAUUUUGUUUCAGACUUCUUCAUUACUUGUCUAUUUGUGUCCAGCUGACCUGCUUGGUAGAGAGUGAGACAGAUAGCUUCAGGAGAAACCUCAUGUAUGUCCGGAUACAAAGGAGACCUUCGGGAGUCUGGCUGUGUUGGUCGUUGGGUCUAUCAAACAAUGCUGUGGUGCUUGAUAAAGAUUAACUGCUGUCUGGAGGUCUACAACCGAUACCAGCAGACUCCCAGAGGGUCUUGUAUCAGGGCUAGCCCGCCCUCAAGAGUUCCUUGGCUCAAGUCUAGUUUUGUGCUACUAAGCAGUAAACCGUGUAAUUGCAACAGUUUAAGUAGCUGAUAUCCCGUUAUUAUCGUUGUACAUUUGUUUGCUCAUUUCACACCUACAUCCAUCCAUCUGCUUUGUCAGUGAAGAGAAAGACCUUUCUGCAUCUUUUUGUUUUAGUAUGCUCUGUUGUAGUGUUUGGAAGCAGACGAGCGCAGCUGUUCAGGUUGAUGUUGGAAACUUAAGUGUCACGCUGAAGUAGAUGUAAAUGGUCUUUCUGGAAUGAUUUGUUUCAUUCAUGUCAUGCUCUGCUGUUGUCGACUGAUACAAUGUUUAAAGGCAGAAAUCACAUCGUUGACCGAGGACGCUGCGGGUAUGCUCAACGGCCAAAUAAAUAUUCUCUUUGUUAAAAACUCUAAUGUCUGUUGAGUGUUCAAAUAGCGUUGGUUACUCUGGAUACAAGCCAGAUGUUUUGUUCCACCAUGGACUGGAAGUUUAUCUGAUUAAAUGAAAGAACUGCUUCUUGCCUUG